CUGACAAAUCUCGUCGCCGUUGUCUUCGACUUUUUCCUCCGCGGCAUCUUGGAUCUCACCUGGCCGGUGAGGGAGCUCUGCAGGAUGGUCGUGAGGGGAGUUUUCGCCAGCCUAUGUUGGGCUUACCACGCGUUGCCGCUACCACUCGCCAUCGGUCUUCUCUAUUUUGGUUUCCAGAGCGUCCCGGAGGCUUUCAGAGGAGUUGAGGAGCUGAGGGCCGUAUACGUCAACCGCCCUGCCGGAUUUUCGGUCAUCGGAGAUGCGUCCGGUGUCGAAGGUCUCUACGCGUUGGGGGAGCUCGCACUCGUGCGAUGGGGAGAUUUGGGAGUGUCGUCGGCGUUCUACUGUCUCGCUUUGAUGACGGCGGCGUAUGCCGUGAUGCUCCUCAUGGAGAUGCGCGACUACGUCCGCGACACCUGGGCACUCAUCCGGGACGAGGCUCUCGAGGUCAAGGCGCUGCGUGCGGACGAGUCGAGCUGA